AAACAAAAAAGUUUAUAAGUAAAAUGUUAAAUAUAAAAUUUAAUACGUAUGAAUAUUUUGCUUAUCGUUGGCGCGAUAUAAAAUUUUACAUACAAACUUUUUUUAAAGUAAAUAUUAUAUUUAAUUCUUCUUAUAAUAUUAUAUAUAUAAUCUGUUUUUAAAUACCAUGCACAUUUUCAAAACUGCAUUGAUACAAUUACAGUUUAUUGUUUCUGCAUACAAUGCAUACUUGUCAUGUAUCAUUCUUUAUACUCUGCUUAAUAUUUAUUAAAUUGCAUAUAUUAAAUCUUGAUUGUUGUAUUGUGUUUAAAGUAUUUAUUGCUACAUUUCAUGUUCUUCAAUAGUCUACAUCGACGAGAAAUACAUAUAUAUAUAUAUAUAAUCGAAUAAAUUUAUUUCGAUUAUGUUAACAAGAUAAAAAGUCUCAUCUUUCACUAAUAUUUAUGAGCUAAGUUUAUUGGCGAUUUAUCGCGCCGACCUUAGAGAAGUCAUCGAUCAUUAAUUAUUAGUCUAAGUUGAUAACGAAGUAAAAUAACAACAAAGUCCCAUGUCUUCCAAACGAUGAGAGUAUCAAUUAGUGUUUAGCGAAAAAAACUCGAAAUACUUUCGAGAAGAAAGCUGUCCUUGUAUACUGUAAUGAGAAAUACAUUUAUAUAUAUAUAUAUAUAUACACAUAAGAAAAAUAUAUAUGUACAUGCGUAUGCGUAAAACAUCGUUGAUGCGUGAGCGAGAUGCGAAAGUCAAAAAUAUAUGCGGAGAUAUAGAAAUGUUUGCUGGCACAUGACUAUGUUGUUCGAAAUAUCGCCUAUACACCUAUUGCCCUUAUUAUCCACUGUAUAUCAAUGUCUAAUAAACUGCUGUUAUCCCAAUUUGCCAAUACAUAAUUUAUAAAUGUUUUAUUUUUGUUUCUUUUUUCAAAAAUUGUUACACAAAGAUUAACAUAUCAAAUGAAUGUUCAAUAAAUGUUGUAUGAAAAUUCUCAUGUAAUAUAAAAAUUAUGACUACAACAUGUUUGUCAAAAAAUUUAAUUUAAUGUGAUAGAAUGAAGAAUUUAUUUACCAAAAUGGAAGUAAACUGUUACAUAAUAUGUUACACAAUCGUAAUCAUUUGCGUCGUAUCAGACUUUAAACAAUUAAUAUUCAAGGCAAAAUAAAAAUAGUCUCGUUAGAAUGAUUUUCAUUGCAUUAAUGUACGAAACUAGUUAAACCGGAGGCUCGAUGGAAUCAAGAAUUGUAAACAGGUAUAUAAAUUAUUCCCCAGCGCGAUUACGAGUGGGACUACGAGUUCUACUUAUCAGAUCGUCGUAACUAGCAUCGGUGACAGGAAUCGACUCGACGGACAGUCGUUCGUAGCAGCUGCAACUAUGAAGUCUUUCGUCAAUUACUCAGCAACUUGUGAGUUCCCAAUCGAAAAUUUACCGUAUGGAAUAUUUUCUACUAAAGAUAAACCAGAAAAGAAAAUAGGAGUAGCAAUCGGUGACGAAAUUUUGAAUUUGAAUGCUAUCGCGAAUUAUUUCGAUGGACCAUUAUUACAAGGUAAGCAGGAUGUAUUUCGCUGUGAUUGUCUGAACGAGUUUAUGUCUCUGGGAAGACCAGCAUGGUUAGAAGCAAGAUCGAAACUUCAAGAUCUACUUUCUAUGAGCAAUCCUAUUUUGCAAGAUCCGGAAAUUCGUUCAAAAGUCUUUAUCGCACAGAAAGAUGCUAUAAUGCAUUUGCCAGCAAAGAUAGGUGAUUACACUGACUUUUACUCAUCUAUCAAUCACGCCACAAAUGUCGGCAUCAUGUUUCGUGGAAAAGAAAAUCCGCUGAUGCCAAAUUGGAAAUACUUGCCGGUCGGUUAUCACGGAAGAGCAAGUUCCAUUGUUGUGUCAGGCACACCCAUAAGACGACCGCGUGGUCAAACACUUCCUGUUGAAGGUGCGGCACCUGUUUUGGGGCCCUGUAGAUUAAUGGAUUUCGAACUCGAAGUUGCUUUUUUUGUCGGGCCACCUACAAAUCUCGGCGAUACUGUUCCAGCUUCAAAGGCGUACGAUCAUAUCUUUGGAAUGGUGUUGAUGAACGAUUGGAGUGCACGUGAUAUACAGAAAUGGGAGUAUGUUCCAUUAGGACCCUUUGGUUCAAAGAAUUUGGGAACAACAAUAUCUCCAUGGAUUGUUACAAUGGAAGCUCUAGAGCCGUUUAAAGUGUCAAAUAUGGUUCAAGAUCCUGAACCAUUUCCGUACUUGCAACAUACCGAAUCUUGUAAUUUUGAUAUUAGAUUGGAAGUUGAUCUUAAAUCUCCAAGUGGUGUUGUUACAACUUUAUGUCGGAGUAACUUUAAACAUAUGUAUUGGACUCCACAACAGCAAUUAGCGCAUCAUACUGUCACGGGAUGCAAUCUUAAUUCUGGUGAUUUAAUGGGCUCUGGUACGAUUAGUGGAGACACUCCGGGCUCAUACGGCUCCAUGCUAGAAUUAUGUUGGAAAGGUACACAUCCGAUCCCAUUAAAAGAUGGUACCACAAGGAAAUUUCUUCAAGAUGGUGAUGAGGUGACCAUUCGUGGUUAUUGUAUUGGUGACGGUUACAAAAUUGGUUUCGGAUCGUGCAUGGGUAAAUUGUUACCCGUUAACUCCGAGUGAAAUAAAUGUGAGGCAAAAUUACUUAUGCAUAAUUUGCUAUUUUUCAUAUUGUUUUAUGUUUGUAUUUUAACAUGUAAUAAAUAAUUUUAUUAAUUACA